CCAGCUCUGUCCUCAGCCAGACACGUUUGGAGCUGACAGCUUCUAGUUCCAGUGAGCCAACAUUGAGAAGAAAGACGAGGUACACCUAUUGGACACUUGCUGAAGACAUCAUCUGAAUCAGUGACGCCUGCGUGUGGAACAAGCACCUGUAGAGUUCUUGCAGCAGACACCGUUGAGCUUAAAGCGUCUGCCUGGCUGGCCGGCACUCCCAACAUGACUGAGAGUCGAAGGGAAGCCUUAGCGGCGGCCCCCAUGCCCACCAGCGCCACCGCCGCCGGCGGCAACACCACCGAACUGACAGGGUUGGGCCCGGGCGAGAAGGACGAGGCCUUCUCCAAACUUAAGGACAAGUUCAUGAACCAGCUUCAAACGAUCCCACUGCCAUCAUGGGCCAUAGUUUCCAUCGCCUUUGUGGCGGUCAUCCUGGUCCUCACCUGUUGUUUCUGUGUCUGCAAAAAGUGGAUAUUCAAGAAGAAGAACAAAAAGAAGGGCAAAGACAAGGGCAAGAACGCCAUCAACAUGAUGGAUGUCACCGACGGGGCAAAGACCGAGGAUGAGGAUGAUGCCGAGACAGGGCUGACCGAUACGGAGAAAGAGGCGGAGCCCAAGGAGGACGAGAAACUGGGCAAAUUACAAUACUCGCUGGAUUACAAUUUCACUGAGAAUACGCUCAUGGUAGGGAUCAUCCAGGCUGCCGAGCUGCCUGCUAUGGACAUGGGAGGCACCUCUGACCCCUACGUCAAGGUCUACCUGCUACCGGACAAGAAGAAGAAGUUUGAGACCAAGGUCCACAGGAAGACCCUUAACCCUACCUUCAACGAGCAGUUUACCUUUAAGGUGCCCUAUGUGGAGCUGGGAGGCAAGACUCUGGUGAUGACCGUGUACGACUUUGACCGCUUCUCCAAGCACGACGCCAUCGGCGACAUCAAGGUGACCAUGAACAAGGUGGACUUCAGCCAUGUGACGGAGGAAUGGAGGGAUCUGCAGAGUGCUGAGAAGGAGGAGCAAGAGAAACUUGGAGAUAUCUGUUUCUCUCUGCGAUACGUCCCUACUGCUGGAAAGCUGACCGUGGUCAUCCUGGAGGCUAAGAACCUGAAGAAGAUGGACGUGGGAGGCUUGUCAGACCCAUAUGUUAAGAUUCACCUGAUGCAGAACGGCAAGAGGCUGAAGAAAAAGAAGACGACAAUCAAGAAGAACACCCUGAACCCAUACUACAACGAGUCCUUCAGCUUUGAAGUACCAUUUGAACAAAUCCAGAAAGUGCAAGUUGUUGUAACUGUUCUGGACUAUGACAAGAUCGGCAAGAACGAUGCCAUCGGCAAGGUCUUUGUGGGCCUCAAUAGCUCGGGCACGGAGCUCCGCCACUGGUCGGAUAUGCUGGCCAAUCCCAGGAGACCCAUCGCCCAGUGGCACGUCCUGAAGCCAGAGGAGGAGGUGGACGCCCAGCUCUCCACCAAGAAAUAGGCAGGGCCCCUUUCAGCACCUGUCCUGUAGUGUUCCUUAGCCAGUAUAUGUAAAUACCUCAGUGAUACAUGGGUCCAUCCAAUGUCAAUCCUCCCCUUGUCAUGAAACCCCCAAACCCAAAUAAUACCCAGCUUCAUACUGACUCGUCUUAUCGGCCCUCUUUUCUAAUUGUUAACGGUUCUUUAAAAACAUAGCCCUAGGCCCCUUAGAAUUCCUGUCCUCCCUUCUCCCCCCUACUACCGCCUCUGUUUUAACUUGUGUUUCUAUGUCAGGUUCUGCCCCCCUCCCAAACCCCUCUCCCCCUUUCUCUCUCAACCCAAACUGUGUUGCUCAUCUUCAUGCCCUUGAGCCCCCUAACCAAAUGCCCCCUUCUUUUAAGCAAUAUGAUCUGUAUAGAUAGCGCAUGACUGAAAGAAUUUAUUGUACCACAGUUGUAUAUAUCAGUAUGCAGACAAAAAUGAUUUCUAGUUUGUGUUUGUAUGUUGUUACCCAUUUCCUAAUCUGUGUAUAUCUUGAUGUUUUUAAUAAGAUAUCUAUUUUAAAUUAUGUAAAUGCAGAUAUAGAGGAGAGCCGAUAUUAUAUAUUACAGGAAUUUAAAAUUCAACCUUAUUGCAUUCCAGUAAAAAAUAUCAACCUGCAAAAUGCUAGUGGAAGUAUACUCACAGUAUAAAGGACCGUGUCUGACUUUAUGUUUACUAAUGAAACAUCACAGGAGAAAAGAAUAUGAAUAUAAGCAUAAAAAACACAAAAUACUCGGCCAUUAACUACUAUGGUUCCUUGGGAAUUAUAUGCUGCUGACAAUUAUACAAGCACAUGAUUUCUUAACUUUUUGUACUAAUAUCUCUAUCAAAGCACCUAUGUGUUAUUGCAGAAUAAUGAGAAUUUUUCAAGUUGAUGCAAACCGAUUAGCCUUCCUUUUAUUAUCAUUUGGGCAAGACUAAGCAUCAUGAUGUGGUCUGUUUCUUUCAAGUGAAAUGCAGUAGGUCCUGAUUUUAAAGGCCAUCUUUUGCAUAAAAGAUCUGUACUUUCUUUAGUUUCCUGGCAAGUGGUCCUUUUUAAACCCAAAGUUUAUUUAAUCAAUCCCCCCCACCCCUGCAACUGCCCCCCUCUCCCCCUAUAAAAAGCAACAAGCUGUAGCCAUUGUGUCCUUAGCUUGUUUAACAAUAUGUUGUUAACUGCUUAUACUUUCAACAGCCUAGUUGCUGGAAAUUACGUUCAGGCUUUUGAGUACAGUCUCCAAGAUGGAACAAAGACUUUAGACUCUAGCUUUAAAGAUGACUAUUUUUUAGAUCAAUUCAGCAUCUGAAUAUUUUUAGUAAACUGCAUGAUUUUUUUUACAAUAUUUGCUAUAGACUGGGCUGGGGUGAGAUCUACCUGUACCAGGGGACGUCUAAUGAGAUUCCCCUGCCUUCAAUUAGAGAGAAAAAGUAACUUAAAGAGAGUACCAUGUUGGGUCAGUAUACAGUUUUUGUACUGUAUAUUAAUGGACGUGAAGUCGGUUUCUAAACACUGCCAUUUUCAGGGAGGUUACAGUUGUAAGCAAUCCCUCUCUCCAUGCAUACUCCCACUAAAAAGUGGUUGUAGCUUUGGUUUUAUGGGAACAAUGUCUUUGGCUGCGAUGGUGCCCUGAACAGCAUUCUUUGCUUUGCGUUGCCUUCACAAAGUGACAAUAGAGCUAGCCAUGUUUUACUGCCAAUCUUACAUUUUAUGUGGCUACUGUUUUGCACUGGAUGUCUUUGAACCGAUAAUUGCUUGUUGACUUCUUUACACCAUUUUUGGACUAUGUUGACUGGAUUUAUUUCAGGAUUUUUCAUCCCAGGGGAACUUCUGUCCGAUAGUUCUUCUGGUUCUUGGUAUUUGCUUAAAGGUACAUGAGAGCAACAUAUCUUCCUUGAGUCGAUAGUAGUUAAGCCAGUUUUAUAUGUUUUGGCGCAGGAAAACAUCAAGAGGAAAAUGGGAUUUGAAAAACAACAACCGUACAAGUUUAUUGUCUGCCUCAAUGAUUAUAUUAGUCCUUCACUACGGGUCCAGAACAGGAAGAAUAAAUAAGAAGUUUGAAUCCAUGAAAUCCAUCAAGUCUCUUAUCUUGGAGGAACCUCUUGCAUAUACUCAAUGCUAGCUUCAGGAGAAGUUUCUAAAUGUUUUCAAUGUUAUUGUGUAGUUGAUAGCACUAUUAUGAAAAAGCUAUUUGUCAUUCCAUAUGAGUCUCUGAGGACUGCUUUGUGUAUCACUGUGACUGCCGUGUGUGCUUAGAGAUGUAGGCUUAUCAGUAGGUAGCAAUCCAGUUUGUUCUGUAGUGAUGUUGUGAUGCCAUUUCCCUUCUACAUGCAGAGAGAGAGAGAGAAAGAGAGCAUCGUCAGUUUUAACAUCUCUGGGCUGGCUGGCUGAUCGAUGCAGCUGUACACAGACUAUUUUGAUGUUUUGAGAGCGAGGACGUGUCGCUCCACACAGCAUUUUUUUGAGCACUGUGCAAUACUUGUAUGUUCAUCCCAUAGUGUUAUGUGGGUGGUGUUGCCCGAGGAAAAAAAAAACUACAGAGGAAUACGAAGAGGAGAUUCCUCUCCAGUAAAAUGGUUAGGACGCAGCACAUGUAGAUUCUGUGUAGGUUGUAGCUUGACAUGAUCCUCUGUUUAGGGUUCCUCGCUUUUGUUCUGGUUACUUUUGUCCUUUGUACACAGUUCCAGCAUGAGAAUUAUCAGGAAGCAAGAAAGAAAAAAUAAGAAAAAUUUAAAUCUGCUCAUAAAUUACAUUCAUCUACCCCCUUCCCCUUCAAAACGUAUCAUGUACAUAAAUGCAAAAAAAUAUGAAAACAAGUAUAUAGAUAUAACCUGAACAUGUACUGGAUCAUCAUGAUCCACAUAUGUAUACAGUAUCACAUAACACUUGCGUCCUUUUCUCUCAUUUGUUGACUUCCCUAUUGACAACCCUUUUAUAUUUGAGAUGAAAACUCUGAAUGUACAGUAUGGACUGUGUGUUGGUGUUAAUUACUUUUACUGUGAGAGUAGAUGUAUUUGGCUCUUAUUCAGUCGUUGAAAGAAAAUGUUGAUUUGUGUGUUUCUUUUUUCAAUAUGCUUAAUUUAUUUUACCGCCCUACAGGGUCACAACUACCCCUGACAACUAUUCCAAAUAGAUGAACAUACUUGUAGGUACCUAAUCCCAUAGCAAUGUGUCUUGAACUGAGGGACUGUGUUUAUUUAAUUUAACAGAAAGAAUACUUUACCUGAUCAAUUAUAGAACGGCAUGUUGGAAUGAAACAAUGGAGAAAUGUGUCUAAAAACGACAGUACACAGGUGUAAUGAUUACCAUAGAAGGAGCAUUAUAGUAAAAUCAGUCAAAUUAUACUGUAAGUAAAAUAAUUGUAAACUCACACCCACUAGGGAUCUCAGUGAAAUACAGCAUUGCAGAGUGCAUGAGAUUUUAAGGUGUAGGCCUAUACCAAAAGAAAAGCCAUUACUUGCAUUAUACUGCAAUGUUGCUCUUACUGAUCCCUACCACAGCAUGCCAACAGCCCCCCCAACACGUCUUAUUGAGGACUUUUAAAAUCCCAUUUGCUGUGUUACCAGGGACCUAUUCACAUUGAUUCUCUCAAACAACAAUGACAAAAGCCACACUAACCUAUAAAGACAAAGCUGUGUAAAGUAUUAGAAUCUGAUGCUGUAGAAAGAUCCUAGUUGCCUUUGUGUAUAUCAACUGCCUGCUUGAGUAUUUUGUGUGUGGAAAUUUUCUCUGUAAUCUUGUAGAACUGUUUGGGGUGUAUUUCCUGCCAUAUCGUUCGCAGUGACUGCGAGCUGACAGUUACAUUGCUGUGUAUACCUUCAUUUUUGACGAGGUGUUUUACAGUUUUGUUUCACUUUGUGUAGUGAUUCACUCUGUGGAGUUUUCUGACUGUUGUUAUAUAACUUCAUAUACACAAAUGAUCAAUAAAAAUGUUUUAUUUCCUGUU